AUGUCGGCAGUGCCACCCGAACAUCGAUGAAGCGCGCUCGCCAGGACGACUCCGUGGCCCGCAUCGGCCAGGCGCUGCUGGACUCGCGCCAGCAGCGACGACGAGGUGCCAAGAGUGCAGCUGGUGCCGUCAGCGGAGAAGCACGAGCUUCCUCCGGCGACAGGUCGGCGGUGCGCAACCAGGAUGCAUCGCAGAUCCUGCGGCACGGCUUUGUUGAGACGCCAUCCACCCUCCUCGAGCCAUCGCUGCGAGCGGCACUCCUAGCGCGCGCGCAGGCGGGCGGCGGCCACGACAUCAGCAACGCAAAGGAGCUGCGCAUCGGAGGCUCGCUGCUGCAGUGCGUUCGCGACGCCGUGUGCUCGUCUCCCACCGUGCGGCAGGCGGCGCGUGAGGUCUUCAGCACGCCGUACGUCUCGAUUCCGUACGUCUCCGUGCUCUCGACACACCCUGGGCAGCAGCCGCAGCUCCCGCACGCCGACGACACGUGCAACCGCGAGCUCAUUGGCCUCAUCCACCUGCGGCCGGGGCAGGCGCCGACCCGCUGCGCUCCCUACGACAGCAGCAGGACGUGGCCCACGGGAUGGACGGCCAAGUGCACCGCGUGUGACGCCGCCGUCCCGCUCACCGACAAGAUGUACCGCGAGCGCCGUCACCUCCGCAUCGGCUUCCGGGUAGGCAAGCCGCACCCCGACGCGGGCGACGGCAACCUGGCGCUGUCGACGCUGCUCCACCGCGGGCCUGGCACGCUCGGCCGGGACGAGACAAGGCACGUGCUCUUCUACUCGCUGCGGCCCGAGUACGCGGACAUGGACCCUGCGGCGGAGGAGGCGGCGGGGAGGGAGGCGGAGUACCACCCCGACGAGCAGGCGAGACCCUCCCAGAUGCAGCCGGGACGCAGCCGCGAGGCGGAGGUGACGGCAGCCUACCUGCUCGCAAACCGGCCGGGGGACGCGGACCUCGCCCGUCGGCUCACCGCCAUGUACGCGGAGGACGGGUACGACCUCUCCCUCCACGCCACGUCGCGCGGAGAGCAGCCAAAGCAGCGGGCAGGGGCGGCGGGCGAUGUCUACGACGGCUACCCGCCGUCGCACAACAGCUGGGAGCCGGCGGCGAACGUGCCCGAGCGCGUGCUCUCCUACUUCCGGGCCGUGCGCAGUGACUCGGACGGCGACGAAGGGACGGGAGAGGAGGACGAAGAGGCCCGCCUCUCCGCGCCGCAGGCUGCCUCGCCGUCGGCCAAGCGGCGCAAGCGGCAGGCAGCGCCUGCGCCAGCCCGGAAGCGCGCCGCCACCCUGCACGCGCAGCCCCCCUCAAAGUGCAAUCUGGCGACGAGGGAAGCCCCAUCAAGCGCCAGCCGGAGCCUGCGGCAGCGCACGCACCAGGGGCCUUACCUCGACGACCACCCCGGCAUUCUCGCGGCGCUCGCGCACGCCGAGGCCGAGCGCAAGGGGCGCCUUCCUGAGCCCUCGGAUGGCGGGCUGGAUCUUUCGGCUUCGCGCGUCUGCGGCGACACUCCGCAAACCGGGCGCAGCGCCCGAACUGCCGGCCAGGCCGCCGCUGCCCGGGCCGCAAGCAUGGCUGCCGCGGAAGCCAGCGGCACCUUCCGCGCUGCUUGA